UCUGUUAUCUGUGCUCUCAGAUCUAUCACGAAACAGGUUGACGGAGCUGCCGGUGGAGGUGUGCAUGUAUGUGUCGCUGGAGAAUCUGAACCUGUACCAGAACUGCCUACGUUCUCUUCCAGAGAGUCUGAUCAACCUACAGUCUCUCACCUACCUAAACAUCAGUCGAAACCAGUUGUCCAGUCUCCCCGCUCAUCUGUGCCGACUGCCGCUCAAAGUUUUGAUCGCCUGUAAUAACAAGCUGCUAUCGCUGCCGGAGGAUCUGGGCAGACUCAGACAGCUCACUGAACUGGAUGUCAGCUGUAAUGAGAUCCAGACGCUUCCUCCACAGAUCGGUCAGCUGGAAGCUCUGCGUGACCUCAACAUCCGCAGAAACCACCUCGUUCGCCUGCCUCCUGAGCUGGCCGAGCUGCCGUUGGUCCGGCUCGAUUUUUCCUGUAAUAAGGUAACGACGAUCCCAGUAUGCUACCGCAAUCUCAGACACCUCCAGAGCAUCAUUCUGGACAACAAUCCUCUCCAGAGCCCACCUGCACAGAUCUGUAUAAAGGGAAAGAUCCAUAUAUUUAAAUAUCUCAACAUGGAGGCGUGUAAAGCAGCAUCAGACCUUCCAGACUACGACAGAAGACCACUGCCCUACGGAUCCUAUGCAGAGGAUUUGUUUCCCGGCCGGCCAUACGGAGCUCUGGACUCUGGCUUUAACAGCGUGGACAGCGGAGACAAGAGGUGGUCGGGAAAUGAGCCUUCAGACGAGUUGUCAGACUUGCCGUUGAGAGUGGCGGAAAUCACCAAAGAGCAAAGACAGAGACGAGAUCGAGAAAGAGAGCGCGAGGAUCCACGGACGGGGUCUCACGUGACCAAUGGCACAAUGGAAGCAGAGAUUGAACAGAUAGACUUCAUUGACAGCUGUACGGUGGAUGAUGAGGGGGAGGAUGGGCGGAGCCGUAGAGGGGCGGAGCCUGUCAGCCUCAGCUCACAGUUCAUGGCCUACAUUGAAAGACGAAUCACCAGAGAGGGUUCACCUGUGAAGACCAGCCCAUUCAGAGACUUGAGAACCGAUGAUCCGAGACACCAAACCUCCUUAAAUAACCGUGGUGGGUCAGAUACAGCGGUCACAUCUUCAUUCACUCAUAACCAGCGGUCCGCUGGUGUGUUGUCAGUUUCUGGUGGCGGUGUGGAGAGAGUGAGAAGAGAAGCUCAUCUGGCAGCUCUGCGGUACGAAGAAGAGAGACAGAAAACAAGAUCAGUGCAAAGAGACGCUGUUAUGAAUAAUGCCAAGCACAAGUUGUCUCAGAGCCCUUCGAAGCUCAGUCCAACAGACAGUGAGAAUCUGUACCCCUCCAGACGGUCCACUCACACCGAUGACUCCGCCCUCUUCAUGAGUGAGUUUGAGCCCCUACUGAUAUUUGAGAUAGACACAGAUACCAACACUAUAAAGAAGAGGCCAGACCCUCACAAACAGUCUCUCUCUGCUGUGCCUCUGGAUGGGUGUGUGUCUCCCACUUUAUCCGUCUCUGCCUCCUGUACGCCGCAGCAAGGUGAAGAUUAUGCCUCGCUGUCACCCUCCGCGCUCCAGUCCCCCCCGUCCCCCUCCUGCGGCCCUAAUCAGAGACCCGAGAGUUACCUGUUUCGUCUGAGUCAGCGAGAGGAGAAGAAAAAAGGAGAAUCCGGCACAGAGAAGGCGGAGCCAGUGGAAGCCACUCCCACACAGAGCCCCGCCCCAACGGGAGAGGAGGCGGUCCUAAUAGAGCAACUGAGAAGGAAUAUCGAGUGUCGACUCAAGGUGUCCUUACCUAGUGAUCUUGGGGCAGCUUUGACUGACGGGGUCGUGUUGUGCCAUCUGGCAAACCACGUGCGUCCCCGAUCCAUAUCGAGCAUCCAUGUACCCUCACCGGCAGUGCCCAAACUGACGAUGGCCAAGUGUCGACGAAAUGUGGAGAACUUCCUGGAGGCGUGCCGCAGAAUUGGAGUUCCUCAGAGCCAGCUGUGUCUCCCUCUGCACAUCCUGGAAGAGAGAGGUUUGCCUCAGGUGGCCGGGACGGUUCGGGCCCUCCUGGAUCUGGCCCCUCCGAAAAACACGCCCUCCCCCAGCACGACCCCCGCCGGGCUCAACACGGUCUCCCCCCUCGCCCUGUAGAACCGAGAGCUAAAGGAGUCUCCUCCCAUCAGCCCCAAAGAUCUUUAAGACUCCUUUCUGUUCUUGAGUGACACUCAGAAUGGUUCUGUAAGGGUAACACACACACACACACACACUACCUGCUCUUCAAACCCGGAGAGAAGAGAUGACUGACGAGAACGGCGAACAUGUCCAGAGACUUCUUUGAAGCUAGAUUUCUAUUUCGUUUUAACACUUUAUUAUCUUUAACUAUUAUGGGUGGUGUUUAUUUUUAUUCUGUAUUAUUUUUAUUAUUAUUAUUAUUAUUGACCCUCAAGUUAUGUGAGAUUGAGAGUUCACGUAUCGGAGUUACUUUGGCUGGUGGUUUAAUCUCACAAAAACCUGCGCAGGUCACAUUUCACAUGAAAUAAAAUAAGAUGAUAUACUUACAGAAACGGAAACAUUUUUUAGGACCACUGUGAUUUGUGUGACAUUAUUUUCAUAACGUACAAAACAAUU